AUCUCUGAAUCUCCUGCCUUCACAUCUACAAUGCCUCCUCCUCACCCCGUUGCUCUCAUCACCGCCGGUUCAGCCGGUCUGGGCGCCGCCGCCGCGCGACUCUUCUGCUCCUCCGGCUACCGCGUGAUCAUCAACUACUCCAACAACGAAGCACGUGCUACGGCGCUCGUUCAAGAAUUAUCAGGACUCUCCCCCUUAUCCCAAGAACCCCAACAAACAGGGGCCAUCAAGAAUCCCAACGUCCAGGCCAUCCGCGCGGAUCUCACCAAGCGGGACGAGAUCAUCAGACUUGUGGAGACCGCAACUGAGAUGAUGGGCCGACUAGACGUGGUAUUCUCGAACGGUGGAUGGACAAUGAUACGCAAUUUUAAUGAUCUAGAUGAUAAUGUGAAUGAGGAUGAUUGGGAUCGCUGUUUUAAUAUGAAUGUCAAGUCGCAUUUGUGGUUGAUGCAUGCGGCGAGGAAAUGGCUGGAGGAGAGCGAGGGGGCUUUUAUAACCACGGCGAGUCUGGCGGGGGUUAGACCUAGUGGGAGUUCUUUGGCAUAUUCUGUUACGAAAGCGGCGCAGAUACACCUCGUGAAGGGAUUGGCUUCGAUUGCAGGCCCGAAAAUCAGGGUUAAUUCCGUGUCCCCUGGGCUUCUUCUGACGGAUUGGGGCAAGCAGUUCUCUCAAGAACGACUAGACGCUGCAUUGGCAAAGACUAAGCUGAAGAAAUUUGCUACAGUAGAGGACGUCGCCGAACAAGUUCUAUGUUUCGCUCGGAGCAAGACCGUAACAGGAGCAAAUGCAGUUAUAGAUGCAGGCUGGUCACUGUAGACAAGAACAGCGUAGGCGAAAAUAACGAAGAAUUCUACAAGUUCCCUGCCCCCUGAGCAAGAACCACCAAAACUACCUCUAACUUAUCUCGCCCCCUUUCUUCCCGACGUCAAUCCACUCAUGCUGGUCCCCUAGAUAAUGGUGAGCUCUCAGAUCCCCCGACCUGGCAUGCCCCUCGAAAUUCUCUGCCCGCGCAGCCCGCCCACACAGCCGUCCUAGCUGUCCACUGGCGGAUGGCG